CUCGUUCACGACUCAAGUCCAAAUUAUGAAUAGAAAAAAACAUACAACUCUUCAGUGUUUUCAGGCUUACUAAAUAAACCGAGUUACGAAGAUUGACUUAAAUUUUGAAUACGACAUCAUAUGAUCUCAUUUCGAGUUGCAAUGGGUAUUGGGUUGAGUUGCAUUGGGUUGUUGAGAAGUUGAGAGCUGUUCUCUCCCUCGUGUCUUGAGGUUCUUCUCUGCACCAAAUUCUACCCUUCCUUCCAUUAAUCCCUGUGUUUUGAACUUCCAGAUUGUUUGCUUUACAUCAUAAAUUGUUUUGGGUGUAAAUCAUCCAAUUUCAAGCUCUUUUUGGGGAAUUUUGGACUGUUUUACACCGACAGCUUGCUCGAAGUUACUGUUCACGCGAAGAGGUCAACGCCUCUUUCUCUUGCUCCUCUCGAUCAAACUUCGUUUGGGAGGUGUUUUUAGCUGCUCUUGGGCGUAAGGUUCAAGCAAAUACACUCGGUUCAAGCUUCAAGAAAAGUUGACUUCGGUCAACUUCUUCUUCAACGGCUCUUUCCUCUUCUGGAACUCACUCUGAAACAAGAAACCAAGGAGAUGGUGACUUAGGAGGGGCUGUCUCUGCUCCCCCUUCCUAUACAUCUAUGGCUACCAAGAAAAAGAAGGAGUCACCUGCACCCACCAAAGUAUCCUCUCGACUUAGGGAAAAGCAAAAUAAAGAAAUCGAUGCAGCCAGCCAGUCUACUGCGCGUGAGAAGGUAGGGGCCUCACAAUUUGAGAAGGAUGAAGCUCGUGACCAUGUACAGGCUGCCACUCCCUCUCUGCCUUUGGUGUUGGAGGCCAUCCUUGAAAAUUCCGAAGAAGAGUACACCCAAGCAUCGGAUACAAGCAUAGAAAGUGUAGACAUGGACAAUGACACUAUGAUGAAGGCUGACUCUGCCCCCCAAAAUGAUGACUUGGACCUAACUCUUGAAGGUAACCCUAUUGUACCAAUUUUAGAAGAAAACUCUAUGGAGCAUGUGGUAAUUGAAGAGGAGUACGUACUUGAUCCUAGUGUGAAGAAAAUCUUAGACAUGGAGGCAGCUGAAGCUAAGCAACUAUCAAAACAAAUUGAGGUAGCAAAGGUGGAUGAAACAAAUGGUGUAAUUGUGCCUGUGGUUAACUUGGCUGCUGCAUCACCUGCCAGCCAGGUCGUGGUAUCUAACCAGCCCGUUGCAUCCAACCAGGCUACGGCAGAACCCAGCCAGGCCGCAGCACUAAUCCCUACCAGUAAGGGUGCGGUUCUGGGAGCUAACAAGUGGGGGAAUGGCUCUAAACCCUCAUUUGUUUCACUUUUCAAGGAUAAUAGAGAACCCGAUAAGGGUAUGAAACUAAGGUAUAUUGAGCCCAAAGGAGACAUCAUUGACCUCACUUCUCGAGUGCUACCGUCCAUGGUUGAUAUUUGGGGACAUUGUCUUGUUGGUUACUUUGAUGGUGGCUAUCCCGGAUAUAAAAAUCUCCAAACAAUUGUACAAAAAUGGGCUGUCCCGUGCCGGUUUAGAAGUCAUGACAAAGGAUGGGUUAUCUUUAAGUUCCAAAAUGACAAGGAUAGGGCCAAAGUGCUUAUGGAAGGUCCAUACACUUUAUUUGGGAAAAGAUUUCCAUUGAAAUUGUUAUCGGAUGAUUUUUCUAUGAGUGAUGAGGAAUUUCUUAAAGUUCCUAUUUGGGUGCAAUUCCCCCAUCUACCUAUGCGGAUUUGGAAUGAAGAUAUUAUUAGUGAGGUGGCAUCUAAGGUGGGCUUACCCUUGACUACGGAUAGAGUUACUCUUGAAAAGGCUAGAUCUAACUUUGCAAGAGUUCUAAUUGAAAUUGAUGCAUCUAAACCACCUCCACUUGAGCUCAAGAUCAAGUUACCAAAUGGCAAACUACACACUCAAUUUGUGAGGUAUGAAACAUUCCCAAAUUAUUGUUUCCAUUGUAAAAAGUUUGGCCACCAUGCCUUUACUUGCUCCAUUAUUGCCUCAAUUGAGAAGAAAGUUAAAGAAGAUGCUAUCAAAAAGAGUUUGGGUAUUAAUAUUGAAGAAGGGGCUGCCGAGGGUGCUAUUUCCGAAGCCAAAACAGUGGCGGAGAGUAGUAGUGUGGCUGCCAAAACAGUGAGUAAAGAACAAGCUAUGGAGGAGGAAAAUGAUCUUUUUAUUACUAAAAGAGAUCACCCUUUUUUCAAGAAAUUCCGGUUCUUUAAAUGGGGAAAGAAAAAGCCUAUAAGAGGUGAAGGUGGCACAUCCGAUUUCAAGGAUGGUGAAGAUGUACUUAUCCGAAAAGUACAAAAAUUUCAUGAUACAUACCAAGAUGAGGUGAUAGUUCAAAUGGAAACCGAUGAGGUGCUCAUGCCAAGUAUCAAUGUUACACACAAGAAGCAUGUAGACAAGGAUGCUACAAUUAUCAAGAUGGACCACCAUCUCAAGAUAGUGAAGGAAGACCAACCCGGAAUGCUCUUCACCAAAGAAUGCCUCGAAGAUCUUCCCGGAAUAACAACAAGAGACAAGGAUUAUACCUUUGAUUCCUCCUUUAUGAGGGCUGUUUUUAGACACUAUUUAUGCCGGUUUUAUGAAGAGGGCUGCCCAAGGGGAAAAGCAUCGCUUGUAAAACGGCCAAGUAUGAAAGAUUUCAACAAAGUACGCGUGGUGAAUGACAUUAGGGAUGCAUACCGUGAUGAUGUCAUUGUAAAGCUUGAACUUGACAAAGAUAAUCUACCUUUGAUUCACCUACUACAUUCCGGUGAAGUAAAUGAUCAAAUGGUGCGGCUUGAUAACUACUUGAGAGUCACCCAAGAUGAGCUUACCGAGGGACUCACAUUCACGACCAAAUGCUUGGAGGCUAUCCCGGGGGUCUUUGAUACGGAAUAUGGGUAUGAAUUUAACUCUUGGUUUAUUGAAUAUCCAUAUACUUUGUUAUAUCUUACUAGGUAUAAAGCAAGAGCAAAGCCGAGCCCUAUUGUUGGAAAAAAUGAGGUGAGGCCGAGACACCAAGGAAAGAAAGGAGGGAGGAGGAACAACAACAAAAGGUCUUGAUGAUUGUGUCCGCAUGGAAUAUAAGAGGCCUCAAUAAGGUCUCCAAACAAAACUCUAUCCUUAAGUUUAUUCGCACUAAUAAUAUUCAUUUGUUUUGUCUUCUUGAAACCAAAAUGACCACUACUAAUUUUGUUAAUUUUAGUUCAAAUAGAUUACCAUCUUGGCUAUCUAUAACUAAUUUCGACAAAAUUGAUGGUGGCCGUAUUGGCAUAAUUUGGGACCCCCAUUUUCUUCAAGUUAAUGUGCUUGAAAUUGACAAACAACAUAUUCAUUGUCAUGCCACUUGUAAAACUACUCAAAUUGAGUUUUUUGUUACUUUUGUGUACGCUCUCUACACGGUGCUUGAAAGACAAACACUUUGGGAUCACUUAGCACACUUGGAGCCUAACAUUACUAGCCCGUGGCUAGUUAUGGGAGACUUUAAUUGUGUUGGGAGCCCAAAUGAGAGGGUGGGUCCUUCCCCCCCCUCGGCUUAUGGUAUGCAACACCUUAAUGACUUUAAAUUGCAAACUAAUCUUGUUGAUUGUCCAUCUACGGGCCAAUUCCUUACUUGGAAUAGGGGUUCCCUUUGGGCUAAACUAGAUCGAGUUCUUAUUAAUUCUUUUUGGUCUACUUUGGAUAUUGAGUGCAAAACACAUUUUCAUGAUUUCGAACUUGAAUCCGACCAUGUAGCUUCCAUGGUUUCCAUUGGGAAAACUAAUGGGGCUGCCUCUCGGCCUUUUAAAUUUUUUAAUAUGUGGCUAAAUCAUGAAAAUUUCAAUGCCAUCCUCACUACCCAUUGGGAUAGAGAGGUAUACGGUAGCUCCCAAUUCAUCUUAGCCAAGAAAUUGAAGGACCUCAAAAGACCACUUAGAGAGCUAAAUAAACUCCACUUUGGCCACAUUUCCGAAAGAGUUAAGGACUCCAAGAAAGAGUAUAAAAGGCUCCUCGGACUCUCUAUACUCUCUCCGUUGGAUGGAACUAUAAAAGAAGAACUCUCCUUGAUCAAGAAAAAACUUCUUAACCUUAAACUAGCCGAAGAAGAUUUUUUUAAGCAAAAGGCUAAGGCAAAUCAUCUUGUUCAAAGUGAUAAAUGUACUAAAUAUUUCCAUGCUAUUGUGAAAAAGAAUAUGGCUAGAAAUUCCAUUACGGCUUUAAAACUCCAAAAUGGGAUUUCUACCACUUCUAUUGACCAAGUUGCUACGGAAUUAGUGAAUUUUUAUACUAAUUUGUUUGGUGCCUACUACCCCACUUCCGGGUUGGACCCCUCUGUGGUGGCCUCGGGUAGAUGUUUACCCGCUAAUGCCACUCCUGGCUUGGUUGCUCCUAUCACCGAUUUGGAAAUCAAAGAGGCCUUGUUUGAUAUUGGUGAUAACAAAUCACCGGGGCCGGACGGUUACACAUCCGCGUUUUUUAAAAAAAAUUGGAACACCGUUGGGUUUGAAUUUACUAGAGCCGUGAGGGGCUUCUUUGGCUCUGGCAGGUUAUUAAAGCAAACUAACCAUACGGUUAUUGCUUUAAUUCCUAAGACCACUCACUCUCCCACACCGGCGGACUUUAGACCAAUUGCGUGUACUAAUGUGGUCUACAAAGUCAUUACCAAAAUUAUUUCUAAGAGGAUGAUCCCGUGUCUACCGGACCUCAUUGACCACGCCCAAGGGGCGUUUGUUGAUGGAAGACUUAUGAUUGAUAAUGUCUUCGUUGCACAAGAAUUGAUCAAGGGAUACUCUAGGAAACGUGCAUCUCCUAGAUGUAUGAUAAAGGUUGAUCUCCGGAAAGCCUAUGAUACUAUAUCCUGGGAUUUCCUGGCUGCCAUAUUAACCCAUUUGGGCUUCCCGGGCAGAUUUAUACAUUGGAUUAUGGAGUGUGUCACCACACCUUCCUAUUCCAUAUCUAUUAAUGGGGUGCUCCACGGCCACUUUGAGGGUAAGAGAGGGCUUCGGC